AUGGCGCCCUCAGCUACCGGUGGCAAGAAGCAGAAGAAGAAGUGGUCCAAGGGCAAGGUUAAGGACAAGGCCCAGCACGCCGUUGUCCUCGACAAGGCUGUCGCUGAGAAGCUCAACAAGGAUGUCCAGACCUACCGCCUGAUCACCGUCGCCACCCUCGUCGAUCGUCUCAAGAUCAACGGCAGCCUUGCCCGCCAGGCUCUCGCUGACCUCGAGGAGCGCGGCCAGAUCAAGAAGAUUGUCGGCCACAACAGCCUGAACAUCUACACCCGUGCCGUCACCGCCGAGUAA